AUGGUUAAAUUCGCCGCUUCCAUCGCCAUCGUCGCCCUCGUUGCCGCCCCCGCGUUCGCCUCCAUCAACUGGGACGAUCUCGAGACCCGCGAUGUCUCCGACAUUGACUUCUUUCGUCGUGAAUUGACGGAGUCCGAGGCGGCCGUCUAUACACGUGAGCUGGAGGAGCUGUUCACGAGGCUCCCCUCCGACGCCGCCCUCGCCGAUAUGUCAGAGCUUGAACGCCGCAAUUUCUUCAAGAAGCUCUGGCACGGAAUCAAGAACAUUGGAAAGAAGGUCAUCGGAGCUGUCCUGAGGCGUGAGGAAGGUGAUAUCCUCGAGGCACGCGACCUUGACCUCGACCUUGACCUCGUUGAGCGUGACUACGAUGAUGCCCAAGAGCUCAUGGCACGUGAAUAUCCCAUCUACGAGCGCUCGUACUACGAUGCCGAUGAGGACCUCUCCGCACGCGAUUACGCGGAGUUCGACGAGCUCGACUAA